CGUCUCGACUAUUAUCAUCAUCAUCCAUAACCAUUGAACGCACAAUCGAAGAUCGCAACGAGCAUCAGCCACAAAUAGCGAUGUAUAGGUACUUGGAGCUGUCUCUUAUUAUUGCAAUCUAUUUGAUGAACAGGAUAGUGACGAGGUCUCAUUUGAACGCACAUUAUGACAGUUUCGAGUUUGAUCUUCACACACUGGUUCUUGACCAGUUGGCAGAUAUUUUAAGUACUGAUCCAGAUACCACAGACGAAGAAAUAGUUCGUCUAAUAAAUCGAUGUCCCCAGAUUCCCGUAGACGGCGAUGUCGGAUUAGGAGUCAUUAAUAGGAUAUGUAUUCAAAACAUAACAGCAUUGUCUCAUUUUGCAGCCAAUACAAGGAAUAAAGCUUUCGUAGAAAAGAUCCUUCCAAUUCUCCUAAAUUAUUUAAAACUUCUGCCAAAAUUUUCAUUCGAAGAUGAUCUUACAUGGAAGGAUUACUCACUUCCCGAUCGACUUUCUGAAGUUAUUAUAACGGAGUUGUUAAAUAUAGCAAUAAAAUCAAACCAAUGCCGGGGAACGAUUCUCGAAGAGGUAGUUUCAUUCAUUGGUGGAUUUUCCGAAUUAUUGAAGUGCGGAAAUGUUAUAUACAUUAGUACUAUUGUUUUACCAAUGUUGAAUGGAAUGUUUCGUGCGUUGCACAAGUCACAGAUUUUGUGGAAUUCCGAUGAUUUUGAAUCUCUUGCUCAUCAUUUACAAGCACUUGUCAGCAAUGAUUGUAUUCAAGAGGUUGAUAGCACUUUAGAGAGUUUGACUCAAUCUACAGAUUCAUCUUUGGCUUAUGCUAGAAAAUUUCUGUCGAGAUAUUCAUUCCAAGGAUGCCCAUUGUCGAGUGGCGUAAUCAUGUAUAGCUUUACAACUUUGAUGAGAAAUGUUCUGGUACGCGUCAUGCUCUUUAACGGUAACAUCGACGAGGGUGUUCCAUUGAUGCCAUUUAAAGAUUUAUGGGAUUCCUUAGUUAGUAGCAAGGCAAAAAUGGUCGUUUCUGUUACGGAAAACGUGAGAAAAUAUUUACGGAAGAUAUACGUCGUGUCACUGCAAUAUUUCUCGGAGUUAACGAAGAUUCUGGACAAGCUUAUUUCCCAAGGGAAUGACUGUCCCCCGGCGCUUUAUGCAAGAGAGAUCAUGUCAACUUGUUUGGACCUCUCGGUCGUGGCAAGUGUGUUCCUUCAUGAGGUUGACGAUGAAGUAAUAAGUGAUUUGUCUUCUUCGUUGUUUAUUGUUCCGCAAACUCCUGAUUUGAAGGUUCAAACCUCCGCGCUAGAUGCAGCAACGAUACUUGCCUUGAAGUUAUUUCCCGAAGACCACUUCAAAUAUGAUCCAGAUAAUAAGAAAAUUCUUGACAACGCCCUCAACGAUUUUCGAAUUAGCUGUAUUGGUCGGCAACAAUCUCUCAAUUCAGGAUUACGGGAUUAUACGAUUAGCACAUUGUCUUAUGGUGGUCAUGAGCGGACUCCAACUUCGCAAAAAUUUCCCACUUCCCCUGGUGGUACAGUUAAUUCACUUGUUCCUGAUCAAAUAUCAAUACAUACUUCUAUCAGCGCUAUUUCUCGCAGUGAAGAAUCAAGACAGCAAAUGCUUGAAAAUAUUGUGUGUACGGUCGCAGGAGUUGCUUGUAUUUUAAAAGACGACGAGAUUACAGCUCUGUGUGUUUCCAUGCUCGGUCCAAGACUUCGUAAUCACACGCCAGCUUUGGACGUUGUUAUUCUCGAGAAGUUUGUCGAUCUUGCUUUGAUUUCUUCAGAAAAAAUUUUCUCAGAGAUCGUACAUAAGUUUUCCGAUAUUAGCCGUCAGUCGUUAUCACCAGACAAUAAAGUGGUUACUACCGCGAAAGGUGUAGUCAUUCAACAGACGGUGGCGAAAAACGGCAAGUUUCAGAUCACCUCUCUUGUUGGAGAAAUUGGAAUUUUGCUUCCCGUUCUUAAGACGCUUUUAUCUCACAAGGACUUUAAAGCAUAUUUAAAUGCUUCGGAAGAGUUGGCAUGGGUUCGCGAAUGGCGGGAUUCGUUGAUAGUAAUUGCUCAGAAAACUCCUCCCCUUGUUCAGGAGAGUGCGAGAAAUUAUUUAGAAGGUGAUCUCGAGUUCAAUUCGGUGUUGGUUCGGGGUAAUUCCGAUCAGGAUCUCUCAAAUGUUCGAACUUCUCUGUCCGCUUUCCUUCCAAAUCGUGCGUACGAGAUCAAAUAUUUUUCUUUUGCCGAGGUCACAUUUUUACUCUCGGUGUAUCACAUUGAGAUAAUGAGAAGUCAAAUGGGGCAAUUUUCUUUUAUUCAGAGAUAUUUUGUAAAUGAGGGUGUGAAUGCUAGUAAAUUAGUCGGAUGUAUGGAGGAAAUUGGGAAUCAGGUGAUUGAAGUUUUUAUCAGAGAGUGCUCGAGCAGGAUGAUAGCUCAUACCAUUGACAACGAUAUUCGCACUCAAGUCCGCAAUCUUAUGAUUGCCACCUGCCAUCGUCUCAGUAAAGUUCAUCAGCUCGCCAUCAAACAUCUUGAUAGUCUGAUGUCGGCUUUCCCUUUCUUGCUGUGUGAUAAGAAUCUCUUGUUUUUGUUAUUGGAACUUAUCGAAUUAGUUUGGCAAAGUUGCGAGAUGGAGUACGCGAAUGAGUAUUCUCCGGUGUAUACAUUCUCUUCUGUGAGAGUUGGGGUGACUCUUUAUUUGACCGAUUCCUAUGACUAUCGGCGAGAAAUGUUAACGCACUUGUACGAGAAUUCUAGGAAAUGGCUUUCAAUGGCCAUAACACGUGUCCCGCAUGAAAUUCGUGGGCUACUAGAGGGUUAUCUUACAGAAUUCGGACAUUGUAAUGAGGGUAGUGCUGUUCACAUGGGACGUUCUGUUGCCCUGGAGGUCGCGAAAUAUUUUUCGCGAUUUGAUCCUAAUACAGUUAUGCCUCCACGUAUGUCACCAAUAACGAUAAAUAAUGUUUCGGAGUUUAUAUGUGAUUAUUCUGCAAGGCGUUAUUAUUGUGGACAAGUGUCUGGUACUCACCAUCUUACAAAUUCUGAUGGUGAAGAUUUCCCUUCGUUCAAAAUGGAUGACGGCAUAAUGGAGGAGCAAAAGCGUAACAUGCGAACGACCUUAAUAAACUUGGAGAGAAAAGUUCGCAAAGGCUAUCACAUUCCACAUGAGGAUUUGAAUAGCAUAUUGCAUUCAGCGGCCGGAAUGUUGGUUUCAAUGUCAAAACCAGACGAAGAUAUCGUCCAUUAUAUUGUUUGGAUUCCGGUUUACUUGUUUACCCGUGAGUCCAUUAAAUUGGGUAUUUCCAUUUGGAAUUGGAUAAUCAAUGAAAAAUUGAUGCUAGAGAUGCGAGUUAUGACGGAGGUUGCGUCAGGAUGGAUUUGGACCUUGCGAAAUCGCAAGGGAUUAUUCUCUUCAUUACUUAAAUGGCCAUACGGUGGCAACAAGAGGUUGCUGAUUACAGAAUAUAAAUUAUUAAUCGAAACUUACAAAUUGGUGGAGAAUGAUAAGGUCGAGUUAAGUGAAGUUUUGCUCACGGCUCCCAAGAAAUUUUCGACGGUACCUUCUACCUUCACGCUUCAAGAUCGAGAAGAGAAUCUGGGUUUUACGGCUAAGUCAAAAAAACUACUUUUAUUAUUUUUGGAAAGCGAAAUAAAUAACCUGUCGACUUGGAUUAAUCCUCUGAACUCCCCCGAGAUAUUGAAAGAAACCUUUGUUCCUAGUGUUGAAAAAAAUUUAAACGAUGAUGGAUGGAAAGCUAUUAUUCGUCAUUCAUGGUCGAUAUCUCCGAGUUUGUCCGUACAAAUGGCUAGCAGGUUUAAUCAGACGGUGGUUCAAAGCGAAGUGCAUCGGAUGAUUGUCAAUUAUUCUGCGGAAGCUGUGGGUGAAUCUGAAGCGUUGCCGUUAUUGUUGGGGGAUAAAUUAAGUAGUGCCGUUAUCCCUCAAUUAAAGUAUUUAUUAUAUUGGGCACCAGUACCGCCGAUAACAGCCGUCUCUUAUUUCCUAACGAGCUACAGCAAUCAUCCCUUGGUCCUACAAUAUGCCAUGAGAUCUCUCGAAUAUCACCCGGUCGACGUGGUAUUCUUUUAUAUACCUCAAAUCGUUCAGGCUCUGAGACUAGACCAUUUAGGUUAUGUCGAACGUUUUAUUAUGAGUACCGCCAAAAUAUCGCAACUAUUUGCGCAUCAGAUUAUAUGGAACAUGAAUGCUAAUAUGUAUAAGGAUGAUGAAUCUUUAAUUCCCGAUUCGUUGAAGCCCGCAUUGGAAAGGGUUAUUGAAAAUAUUGUUGACUCCCUGUCAGGGAAAGACAAGGAGUUUUACGAAAGAGAAUUUAGCUUUUUCAAUGCAGUGACUUCAAUAUCCGGGAAAUUAAAGCCUUAUAUUAAAAAGUCGAAGAUGGAAAAGAAGGCGAAGAUCGAUGAAGAAAUGGCAAAGAUUCAAGUGGACGUAGGGGUAUAUUUGCCAAGUAAUCCGGAAGGAAAAGUUGUCGGUAUAGACUACAAAUCUGGGAGACCGUUACAAAGUCACGCAAAGGCCCCUUUUAUGGCGACAUUCAGAAUUCGAAAGGAAGCGAAUGACUCUGAGGAAAUUAAAGAAAUAAUUCAAUCGGGGACGGUAAAUGGGAAGGGCAGUGACCACGAAAUAAAAACCGUGGAUGUUUGGCAAGCGGCAAUAUUUAAAGUUGGAGAUGAUUGUCGACAAGAUGUCUUGGCACUGCAGUUGAUCGCGAUUUUCAAGAAUAUUUUCACUAGUAUAGGGCUUGAUCUGUAUCUAUUUCCAUAUAGAGUUGUGGCAACGGCCCCUGGGUGUGGAGUGAUUGAUGUGAUUCCAAACUCAAUAUCCCGUGACCAACUUGGCCGCGAGAAAGUUAACAGCCUAUACGAUGUGGCUGCCUAUUCGGUUGUGUCGUUUUUACUGCAAAUUAAGGAUAGACACAAUGGCAACAUCAUGCUAGACGACGAAGGGCACAUAAUUCACAUCGAUUUCGGCUUUAUUCUUGAUAUUGCGCCCGGUGGAAUUACUUUUGAAAGUUCACCGUUCAAGCUCACGACUGAAAUGAUUCAGGUCAUGGGUGGUAACGCCGAUGUCCAACAAUUCAAAUGGUUCUCGGAACUGUGUAUCAAGUCAUACUUGGCUUCGAGACCGUAUGCUGAGGGCAUCUGUCAAGUUGUAAGUCUAAUGCUUGGAUCUGGACUUCCAUGCUUCAAAGGGGAAACCCUGAAGAGGCUGAGGGACCGGUUUCAGGUUGGCAAGACCGAACGCCGUGCCGCCGAAUACAUGAUUGAGAAAAUUAAUCAGUCCUUUGAGAAUAAGAGGACUGUGUGGUAUGACAGUUUUCAAAAAGCUACAAACGGUAGGAACAAUCUUCUGAUUUCUUCUCGGACACUAUUAAAUUAUUGGUUCUAA